CCAGUGGGCAGGGAAUGUGUGACAGGUUCCAGCCCUUCGCUCUGUCGAAAAGAUUGUCCCUCGUGCCACCCCGUAGUGUUGGGUAUCAGCAGGCGGCAGCGUAUCUAGGGCAGAGGUGGUGUUUUCUGGUGCCGUUUGCGCUGCAGGUGGAGUGACGGCGGUAUAAUGUGACAGAGACAGAUAACCGGCAUCCUUUGCCCUGAGCUGCAAAGAAUCCGCAUUCUUCAAGCCGAUCUAGUGGGCAGAUCACCGGCGGGGCAGCUGGGCAGUAAGGGGAAUUUCGCUCUGCUUGAAGCUUACAUCCGAAUCAUAAUGGAAAAUCACGUGUUUGAGUCGUUAGAAGAAAAAACAUUUCAGUAUCAGGAUUCGCUCCCUCCGCUUCCAGUGCCUUCUCUCGAAGAGUCGUUGUCUAAAUACUGUGACGCAGUAAAACCAUUUUUAAGCCAGGAGGAAUAUGAACGCACUUACAAAAUUGUGAAAAGAUUUGAAAAUGGAAUCGGCAGAGAAUUGCAUGAAAAACUGCUGGAAAGGGCAAAAGUGAGAAAGAAUUGGCUGGAAGAGUGGUGGUUGAAUGCUGCAUACCUUGAUGUGCGGAUGCCAUCUCAGCUCAAUGUAAAUUUUGGUGGUCCCGCUCCUUAUCUGGAGCAUUACUGGCCACCCAAGGAUGGGACACAGCUGGAGCGGGGGAGCAUAGCUACAUGGUACACACUGCAGUUCUGGAAUCUGUUGAGGAGGGAAAAACUUGGUGUACACAAGUCCAGGAGUGGCCCCCUGGAUAUGCACCAGUUCCGGAACCUGUUUAACACCUGCAAGGUUCCUGGAGUCACCAGAGAUGCAAUUGCUAACUAUUUCAAGACAGAGAGUGAAGGCAUCUGCCCAACUCAUGUCACUGUAAUGAGUAGAGGAAGGAUUUUCACCUUCGAGGCAGUGCAUGAAGAUCAGAUCCUAACUCCACCUGAAAUAUUAAGGCAACUAACAUAUAUUCAGAAUAUUUGUCAAACUGAACCAAAUGGAAUAGGAUUAGCGGCUUUAACCACAGAGCAGAGGACUCAAUGGGCUUUGACCCGUCAGCAUCUGGUAAACCUUGAUCCAAAGAAUUUAUCCAAUUUGGAAAAGAUCCAAAGCAGUCUGUUUGUUGUGUCUAUUGAUGAUGCAAGCCCGCAUGGAACACCCGAAGACUACAGCCAGAUGGCGUUGCUGGCCCUUGCUGGGGAUCCAACGAUCCGUUGGGGAGACAAGUCUUAUGACUUCAUCUUAUGGCAAAACGGAGUUUUCGCCUCCAACUGCGAUCAUGCGCCGUAUGAUGCCAUGGUGUUGGUAGCUAUGUGUGAUUACAUUGAUCAAAACAUCAAGGCGUGUGAAGGUCGCUGGAAGGGUUCACUUGCCGUUAGAGACCUUCCCCAUCCUGAAGAGCUUGUCUUCACCGUAGAUGAAAAAGUCACAAGUGACAUUGCUCUGGCGAAAGCUCAGUAUCAGAAACAGGGCGCUGAUCUGCAGGUAGCUAAUCUCGCAUUUACAUCCUUCGGGAAGACACUGGUCAAGAAGAAAAAGCUUCAUCCAGAUACCUUCAUCCAGCUGGCUCUUCAACUAGCUUUCUAUAAGGUCCAUGGCCGCCCUGGAUGCUGCUAUGAAACUGCAACUACCCGCGUGUUCUAUCAUGGGCGCACAGAGACCAUGAGGCCGUGCACAGUAGAAGCUGUGAACUGGUGUCAAUCCAUGCUGGAUCCAAAUGCCACGCAUGCUCUGCGCCAUGAACUAAUGCUAAAAGCAUUCGCAAAACAUAAUAAAAUGAUGAAGGAAUGUCAGCUUGGGAGAGGAUUUGACCGCCACUUGUUGGGUCUCAUGCUUAUAGCAAAAGAGCAAGAUCUUCCGCUUCCAGAACUGUAUACCGACCCUGCCUUCACAAAGAGCGGAGGGGGUGGAAAUUUUGCCCUAUCAACCAGUCUUGUAGGUUAUACGAGUAUCCACGGGGCUGUGGUUCCUAUGAUACACGAUGGCUAUGGCUUUUUCUAUAGAAUCCGUGAUGACCGGUUUGUGGUGGCGUGUACUGCCUGGAAGUCCAGCCUGGAGACGGAUGCUGAGAAGCUGUGCCGGACGGUGUUCCAGAACUUCCACGAGAUGAUACAGCUGACUGUCAGUGCUCAGCUUUAGAUGGCCGCACUCGUUACGUUGCUUUCUUUUACUGCAAAUAACAUAGCGAUGUACACGUUUUAAAUCAUGACCAGGAUACGUCCCAACUGCUGCCCGCUCAUCAAAGUACCGGUACAUACACCCCGUAUAUGUAAUAAGCCUGCUGUUCUGCAUCAUGCCCCGUUCUAACACGCGGGCAAAUCAAAUUCUGUAUCCCUAUAAGGACCAAGCAGCCUGUUUCCAUACAUUUUAUAUAGGGGUUAUUUUUCAUUAGUCUGGAAAGUCAC